AGUCGAACAACAUAUAUCGUCGAAGACACGGUGUGAGAAGUUGAACAGGCGAUGCUGUUCUGUAUAAUCUGUGCUCCUUUGUAGUGCAAGUACGUUGCAGCGGGCUGCCAUCUUCCACGCUUGCGGCAAGGACUGCCAAGGCUGCGGCGGUACAGUACGGCUGGUCUCCAUUCACCAGCAACAGUUGAAUGCUGACUGGUGCUGCUUGCGGGCGCUGGUUCGCUUGCAAUCGCUUGAUAAACGUAGAUUUCGCAUAGCAGUGUGCGAUUUAUCAUGAGAAAAUCAGCUCGCGAACAUACCGGUAUGCGCAAUCUUGAGCAUGAGCUCUCAAGACAGCCAGAAUGGCUACAAAGAGAGGUCAACGAGCAGCGCUCACGCGUUUGAUGCCACUGAAAGCGAUUCGACAACGGCGCUACUUCUCAAAGACCUCGUUGCGUUGUCUGGUUCACCGUCACAAAGUGAUCUGAACCGUCUUGCUGAGACUGCCGACAAGCUGCGAGUAACGCUCGAGGAAGGCCCUAAUGUGCAGUCCAUUUUCCGCCACGGAAGAGGCUUUGAAAGGGUACUGGAUGUGCUUUCCAAGCUCUCUAGUUCAGGCAAUGACGCCGAGAAGCUCGACCGAGACUCUUUGUUGCCGCUGGUGCGCGCCUUGGUAGUCUUGCUUGCGCCAGCAUUAAGGGACCAUCGCGGAAACGUGAAGUACUUCGCCGUCCACCUUGACGGCUGGACGUCGCUACAACGUUCACUUGAGCGCUUUCAGAUAAACGCCGGCGUUGGGUCGCGAAGGUCGGAGGCGGCCAUCGUGCUGUAUGAAGGGCUGCUUCAGCUCGCCACAAACGACACGUCGUACCGGCUUCCCGAACUGGCAGAGAUACAGGGCGCGACGAUUGGAAGCAUUGAGCACGCACAAGCGGCGCACAUCGUGGUCUAUUUGGCGCUGACACUCCCACGCGACGACGGGAUCGUCACUGCGCGGGCAAUCGCUGCUUGUAACAGGCUCAUCCGCGGGAGCUUGCGAAACAAAGCAUCUUUCUGGAAGACAACCGCACCGUCCGAUGUUCUACGCGCAACACUAGGGCAAGACGUUGGAGACGAGGUGAGGUCUGCGGCGCAUGACUUGACGUUGAAUCUUGCAGACUUCGGCCUUGGCACGCUCGACGAUGUCGCGUACCUCUUCAGGCAGGGGCGAACCUCUGACCGAGCACGGGAGAUUCUACUUACUGUGUUGAAACAAUCGACGGGCCCUUCCUGCGUGCAGUUUGACCUAAGCCGGUACGGGUAUACUUCGAUUGAGCUACCAAGCUUGCCACGCACCUUCCCGCCCACCUCCGGCUACACACUCAGUGCCUGGAUGCGUAUCGAUGAGUAUGAUGCCGAGUGUCACACAACGCUCUUCGGCGCUUUCGACACCACCCAAGCGUGCUUCAUCUUGGUCUAUCUCGAGAGGGACAGCCACCAGCUUAUCCUGCAGACUUCGGUACGAUCAUCACGGCCGAGCGUCCGCUUCAAGUCAACUCGAUUCACUCCUGGCAGGUGGUAUCACCUCGCUUUAGUUCACCGUAAAGCGGCAGAUCCACGUCAGAGCCCAGCAAUGCUCUUCGUGGACGGAGACUUCGCCGAGCAAGUAAAGUGUGGCUAUCCGGAUAGCCCUCCGGAACUGGAAGACAAGCAUGCGACAGGCUCACCAGCGCGCUCGGGUGGCCGAAGGUCCCCUUCAAUUCAGGCCUUCUUCGGCACACCGCACGAUCUCGCGUCACGCAUCGGGCGAAACGAGGUACACACCAAAUGGUCGUUAGGGAGCGCGUAUCUACACGCUUCACCACUCACAGAUGAGUACGUGGCGGUCCAGUAUCGGCUCGGUCCUCGUUAUGCCGGCAACAUGCAGGACUGCCUUGGACCGUUGCUGACAUACCGCGCUUCGGCGGAACUUCACCGCUACAACGAGCUCUUGCAUCCAGACAAAAUUGACAAGUCUGAUAUCCUCCUGGCUGUCGAGGGGCGUGGAAGUGACGUAAUAUCCGAGAGCCGCCUGUUGAUUAGCAUCAACCCAUCAGCUGUCAUUGAGUUUGAUGAGGUGAAUGCCUCGACGAAGAGACUAGAGGCUACACUCGACCGCAAAGCCUCAGCAAAGUACCAGCAGUUUUCGCAGACAACGAAGGCGAUCAUAGUCAAUGCAGCAGUCCCAACCCUUAACGACGCCAUUUGCCGACCCUAUGGAGUCGGCGUACUCACGGGCGAUCCCGUCGUAGCCUUACCGAGAUGCUUAGAUGAUGCUACCUGGUGUCUGGCCGGAAGCUUGCCGCUUGUAAUAAGUUUGCUGGAGCACGCAAAUACUAAGAGAGCAUUCUUGCAGUCCGUCCAGAUCUUCUUUGAGUGUGUUCAGGACAAUUGGCGCAUCAGCGAAGCGAUGGAGAAAGGCAGUGGGUACGGUUUAUUUGCGCUGAUCAUUCGCGAGAAGCUUGGCCUCGAAACUGGCUUCGCUGUUACUGCCACAGCAAGACAGCCAGCGCAGAUGUUGGACUUCGAGGACAGACAAAGCAUGCCGAUUGAGUUGUUGGAGCUCAUUCUGGAGUUCGUGGGCUACAAUCGCAUCAAGCCCGAAGACUCCAUGAUUGUGAACCCGAUGGCUUACCGAGUCCUGCUUGUGGACUUUGACACGUGGAGGAGAUGCGACAUUCAGACGCAGAAACUGUACUACCAGCAAUUCGUGCAUUUCACCUGUCAGAACAAGCACCAAGGCUUCAACGCAAAGCGCCUUGUCCGCAUGCGCGUUGUCAGAAGGUUGGCAGAAGCUCUCAAGGCUGAAGAGAUCGCUUCGGAGGCAGUACCGCCGCUCAUGCAGGCACUGAAGGCACUACUUGACAAUAGCUCGGCGGGAGCAUAUUACAAAGAUCUGGCGAUGUUCGUGGCAUUCGGUCUGCAUGAUGCAAGAGCAACCUCAACACUGAAGGCCGGGAGGAGCAUGGCUAGCAUCGUCAAUCUCCGCCAGCGGGCUGUUUCCUGGGCGCGGCAGGUGAGAACUCCGAGGACGAACACACCGGGUGGUCUGCAGACGCUGGGGCCAAAUGCUGGGCUCGCGCGAUCGGAGUUGGCGGUGCACGUACUUCAGCUGCUUGCCGACAUACUGUGCGAUGACCGCAGCUCCAUCGCCAUGAAGCGAUUCCAAAAGGCAGUGCCGAACCGAUGGCUUCUGCAUCUGCUUGCGGAAACCGACGUGAGGGUCGUAGAGAUCACGUUACGCAUAGCUUGCCAUGCUCUGGCUACCUUGGGCGCUGAUUUCAAGACAGCAUUUGUUGACAAGAACGGAGGGUUCGUAACGAUGAAGUUCCGGCUAAAGACCCAUUGGCGGUCGCCACAGGUCUGGAUCGGAGCUUUCGCCAUGCUUCUUGGUCAGAAAGCCCCCAGCACGUUUGAAACGUCAACCAUAACAGCCUUUUCGCUGAUGGAGGCUCUGGCUGUUGGGUCGGAUACCGUUGUAGUACAUCACGAAACACUUCCUGCACUUAUGUCAAUGCUCGAGACAGGCUUGCGCAGCGUUGUCAAAGAAGCACAAUUCACUGAGGCUGGAACGGCAGUACUUAACGCUGUCAUCCGGUUCCUGAGCGAGCUAUAUACUCGCAGUCCUGGCUUCCGCCAAUUUGCCAUUGAUUCCCGCUAUAUACAGGACCUACUCUUCGUUCUCUUCCCGGUCCUGGUUGGUUCUGACCGGCUGGCCGCCGCCACAGAGCUUGAAGCGGAGAAGGACACUUUGUCAUUUGGUGGCGAAGAAGUAAGAAUGCGCCCGCACUCAAAUUCUCUGAGCGAACGACCACCGUCGGUCCGCAGCCUCACGAUGGAGGAGGACAAACGCACGCCGUCACCGAUAUCUGUGAAGCGAAUGCCUGGCCCAAAGCGGUUGUCAUCGUUUAUUAUGGUCAACCCGAACAUCAACCGCCACGCCCACUUCAACCCGGCGCUUGCACCGAAGCAGGCACAUCCGGUCAAGAUAGAUGUCGGCAAUGACAUCGUGGAGUCUCUACUCGAGGUCGCCGUUGGUCUCUUCAUCGAUCUGAUAGUUAACAGGGAAAAGUUCCAUGGUAUUGGACUGUUUCUCAAAGUCCCUCCAGGCUUCCGAGAGCAUCAAGCAUACUUCGAGUCGUACAUCAUCGUGAACACCUUGUCACAGCUCUGGAAUACUCUCAAGCUCAAUCAGUGGCUGUUGCUGGAGAGCAGAGUGCUCACAAACCUUGCAAGGUACAGCCAACAUCUUGCCGAGGCGGUGUUCGAAGGCUGGUUCAUUGACGGCGCCCAGCCAGUACUUGAUUUCACCGGUCAACUGCUUGACUAUCUCCAACAGCCGGGAAUUGCUCAGCACAAGAAUAUCCGGCUGUGCAGCCAGUACGUAAGCAAUAUUCGAGUUGUAUUCCUUCGAGUCACACUGUGGCGACUCUCGGAAUUGGAUGAAAACUUGGACGAGCAGGAGGCUGUUGUGUUCCUGAACAAAAUCAAUUACUGGCAAACCAUUCUAUUCUCGACCGAGGAGCGCGAAUCACGCUUCGUUCGACUGAUCUGCUUCCUGUUAUACCUGAAGCUGGUAGCGACUCCGACAGCUGUUCGGGUGGCAGCAGCACGCCUGUGGCGGACGAUACUGGUCCAAAAACCAGUAGAAUCCGCCACACUGCUAGCCGAUGCUAUGGGCGCGGAGCAUAGACAUCUAUGCACUGGAUUCAUGAAGCUAGCAUCGGAAGAUGAAGAAGACUGGAUAAGCUGGGUGGAUGAUAACAAGGCGGCACUCGACACAGCUUUCGUUGGCGCCCUCAGCAAAGAGUGGACCGACUUCGUAGACCGUGAGAACAAGACUAAUGAGGACACUGCAAAAGGUCGAUUGAGUAAGCGACAAGAGAAGCUCCGGCUGUGGCAAACGGAAGAGGCCGAGCUGGAUGAGUUCGUCCAUCGUUAUGAGAUUUCUACAAGUUAUUGGCGCUCCAACGCUCAUGCUCAGGAAAGGCUAAAGCUGCAAAGAGCGGCACAAGAUCACCAAGAGAUGGUUAACCAGUUGGGCGCCGUCUUCUCGCGCCUAGCGAGUCUUAUGCGACAACCUGUAGGGUUGGAGCCCGAUACAUCAGCACCGAGAUGGCAGCUGGACGAGACGGAAGCCCUGCACCGAAUGCGCCUGCGCAUUACCAGGGACAAGAAGGACAUCGCGGCAAAUGCAGCCCAGCCCAAAAGGAAGGCUUCUGCCCGACAGCCAACCUUGCAGAUUAACACGCAAUUGGCGCCACUGACAUCUGACAACGUCCUGUCUCCAUUUCUGGAUAGUCCGACGCCCACAAAUGCUAAUGGCACGCAUGAGGUACCCGAGCUCUCAUCUUCCGCGCCGCUGCUAGAGGGAGCCUUUGAAAUGGUGGACGACCCGAAAGAGGACGACGAUGGCACAGUCGAAGACAAGAAUCGUAAGAUCAUGACUAGCCUGCAACGCGGCGACAUGGUCCAGCAGCUCUACAAUAUCUCCCGCAUCAUCGGUUUGGAGGCAUGCGAGGGUUUGCUCGUCGUGGGCAAGACGUGCUUGUACCUCCAGGACCACUACUUCCAGCGGUCGGACGGCGAGAUCGUCAGCGCCUCGCAGGCGCCGGAAGAUGAGCGUGACCCGUACGUCCAGCUGAUUUCGGGCAAGGAUAUCGGCACACAACAAGCUAAGCACAACAACGGUGACUCCGAGACCCGCCACUGGACGUGGGCGGAGGUGCUGAGCAUAUCGAAACGCCGCUUCCUGUUCCGCGACGUUUCGGUCGAGGUCUUCUUUACAGACGGUAGGAGCUACUUAAUCACGUGCAUGAGCCCAAAGGUACGCGACGAUCUUCACGCAGCAAUUACUGCUCGAGCACCUCAUGUGCACAAUGUGUCAAGUGUGGCAAGUGAAGAUGCCUGGCGCCUGGACACAUUGAGGAACCCGGAGGAGGGUCCGCAAUCGUUGGGCACACGGUUCGCCACGGUGUUCAGCAACACGCCAUCCUUGGUUGCGACUAAGCGGUGGAUGAAGGGUGAGAUGUCGAACUUUCAAUAUCUCAUGCUUGUUAAUACCAUGGCAGGUCGGACAUUCAAUGAUUUGACGCAGUAUCCGGUCUUCCCAUGGGUACUGGCAGAUUACACCAGCGAUGAGCUGGACUUGGACAACCCGAAGACCUUCCGUGACCUCUCGAAGCCUAUGGGGUGCCAGACGCAAGCGCGUGAAGCCGACUAUCGAGAUCGGUACAAGCAGUUUGCGGAGAUGGCUGACCAGAACGCUCCACCUUUCCAUUACGGCACGCACUACAGCUCAGCGAUGAUCGUGUCUUCGUACCUGAUUCGUCUGCAGCCUUUUGUCGCCUCGUAUCUGUUGCUACAGGGAGGCUCCUUUGAUCAUGCGGACCGGCUGUUCGAUUCGGUCGGUAAAGCCUGGCUGUCGGCUUCCCGUGAGACCAUGAGCGAUGUGCGAGAGCUCACGCCAGAGUUCUACUGCCUGCCAGAGUUCUUGACGAACGUCAACGGCUAUGAUUUCGGUGUGAAGCAAGGCGGUGGAGCGGCAGUCAACGACGUACAGCUGCCGCCUUGGGCGAAGGGUGACCCUCAUGUAUUCAUCGCGAAGCAUAGGGAAGCACUAGAGUGUCCACAUGUCAGUGCCAACCUGCACAAAUGGAUCGAUCUCGUGUUCGGCUACAAGCAGCGUGGCGAAGCUGCAGUGGAAGCAACUAAUGUCUUCAAUCAUCUUUCGUACCAAGGAGCCAAAGACCUCGAUACGAUCAAUGAUCCAGUCGAGCGCCUGGCGGCGAUUGGCAUCAUACAUUCUUUCGGCCAGACACCGCAUCAGGUCUUCCAGCGCCCGCAUACAGCUCGAGAAACAAGCAAAAGCUCCGUCGCUCGUCUUGAUACUCUUGCCGAGUCGCUCAUACGUCUCCCGGAGACCUUGUUCCAGAGCGACGAACGGGUAGCAAGCCUCACGUUCUCGCCUUCACUUGGACGCCUACUUUGCGCUGGUCCUUACAGACUUGAUCUGCUUGGCAAGUCCGAACGCUUUCUACAGCUGGGUUUUGCCGACAACUCUCUGCGAUUUCUGAGUUCAAAUACCAAGCGGCUGUUGGGAUUGUACGAGAACACACAUGUCGGGCCAGUAACCACCGCGGCGUUCGCCGACAGUAAGACCUUAGUGACGGGCGGUGCAGACUGCACGAUCGGCGUCUGGUCGGUCAGAGUGACACCCGAUCUCAUCGAGAUUCAGCCAAGGACGUAUCUUUUCGGGCACAGAGCACCGCUUGCGCUGAUGGCCGCAAGUCGCGUGUUCAGCACCUUGCUAUCCGUGUCGGCAGACGGACAAGUUGUGCUAUGGGGUUUGAAUCGACUCAACUGCAUCCGGGCCAUUGCGACAGCAGGAAGCGUACGGGUCCAGGCGGCUGUCAUCAGUAACGUGACAGGGCAUAUUGCGCUGUGCCAGGGAGCAUAUGUCUCAGUCUACACCCUGAACGGGCAUCUUUUGCUAAGCCAGAAAGUCUGUGAUGCAGCAGACGAUGAGAUGCUGUGCUGCGCGUUCUACGAAGGUGCCGGCAAUGAGUGGCAUGAGCGGGAGCUGCUGCUGACAGGCCAUUCGCAUGGCGUGGCAAACGUGUGGGCACUCACGAUACUUUCUGAUGGUGGAUGGCAUUUGCAGCUAGUUAAGAGGCUCAAUCACGUUGAGACAGGUCGGGAAACCGGUGCGAACCAGGUGGCUGCCAUAACCGCGAUCCUGCCCAUGCCGACAGCAGUAUACACCGGCGAUGAGAUGGGCCGAGUCUAUGAGUGGGACUGCAUUCAGCGGCAAAGCAGCAUCAGCGUGAGGGGGCGGUAACGUGCAUCACACGUUGCUUCCAAGGGCGUUUGGGUUGGUGCAUGAUUGACUGUAAACAAGAACAGCUGUGUGAGACAGCUUGUCGUUGCCGAGUGACCGAUCAAUACCGUCUACACUCCCAACUACAACCAUCGAGUCGCGCUUGUAGAGGCAAGACAUGUCUUUCAUACGAUAUACAAGCUCGUCUAAAAAGAAUCAAUGCAGCAUGCACGGGAAAUGAGACGUCUCGGCAAUUAGCGCUUGGCAUGGAGCAUGCCGAGGGGCUGGACUUCAGUUGUGCUCCGUCUUCGGAUGGGUUGCCCAUUAUUGCAUAGCCAUGAUACAAACUUAUUAUGCUGGACGCAUUCAUGGCCUUGCAAUGUUCACUCUCCGCACUUGGCAUCCUAGUGACCUGAUAAAUGCGCCGCACCGCAACAACGUUUUCUCCAAGACAAUGGUAUGGAGAUCUUCCCGCCCGUUUACAGGCCAAGCGCCC